ACACUCAGUCUUUAGAGCCCCGCCCACGCGGAGGCGGGGAGUCCCGAGGGCCCCGCCCACAAGGAGGCAGGGCCUGCGGCGCGCGGGAAGCGGUGCGCGCGAGGCGGCGGGAGCUGGUGGCCCAGCGGUCUGAGCGCUUCCCUGCAGCUCUCUCUCCUCCGUCUUUGGAGAACCAACGGGGGCACUCCCCACCACCCCCUGAGGAACUGUGUUUCGCUCCUUGAAGACCCCGGAGGAUGAAAGUCAUCACUUGCGAGAUCGCCUGGCACAACAAGGAACCGGUGUACAGCCUGGACUUCCAGUAUGGAGCCGCCGGGAGGAUCCACCGGCUGGCCUCCGCUGGGGUGGACACGGCUGUCAGGGUCUGGAAGGUAGAAAAAGGACCAGAUGGAAAGGCCAUCGUUGAAUUUUUAUCCAAUCUUGCUCGCCAUACCAAAGCGGUCAAUGUCGUACGUUUUUCUCCAAAUGGGGAAAUUUUAGCAUCGGGAGGGGAUGAUGCUGUCAUUCUGCUCUGGAAGGUGAAUGAUAACAAGGAGCCGGAACAGGUUGCUUUUCAGGACGAGGAUGAGGCUCAGCUGAACAAGGAGAACUGGACUGUCGUAAAAACCCUGAGGGGCCACUUAGAAGACGUGUAUGAUAUUUGCUGGGCCACUGACGGGAAUUUAAUGGCUUCUGCCUCUGUGGACAACACGGCCAUCAUGUGGGACGUUAGUAAAGGCCAGAAGAUCUCAAUUUUUAAUGAACAUAAAAGUUACGUACAAGGAGUAACCUGGGAUCCUUUGGGUCAAUAUGUUGCUACCCUGAGCUGCGACAGGAUCCUGAGGGUGUACAGCACGCAGAAGAAACGUGUGGCUUUUAACGUCUCAAAGAUGCUGUCUGGAGUGGGGGCCGAAGGAGAGGCAAGAAGUUACCGGAUGUUCCACGACGACAGCAUGAAGUCGUUCUUCCGAAGACUGAGUUUCACUCCUGAUGGAUCUUUGCUCCUCACACCAGCUGGGUGCGUGGAAUCCGGUGAAAAUGUAACGAACACGACUUACGUUUUCUCCAGGAAAAAUCUUAAAAGGCCCAUCGCCCACCUUCCGUGUCCUGCGAAGGCGACGCUCGCUGUCCGCUGCUGCCCCGUCUACUUUGAGCUCAGGCCUGCGGCAGAAGCAGGUGUGUUAAGUGACCAGGGCGGGGAGGGAAGAGAACCGGGCAUGGAGCUGGUAAGCCUGCCGUACCGCCUGGUGUUCGCCGUGGCUUCCGAGGACUCGGUGCUUCUGUACGACACCCAGCAGCUGUUCCCGUUCGGCUACGUGUCCAACAUCCAUUACCACACCCUGAGUGAUAUUUCCUGGUCCAGCGAUGGGGCCUUCCUGGCCAUCUCUUCCACGGACGGUUAUUGCUCCUUCGUGACGUUCGAGAAAGAUGAGCUUGGAAUCCCCCUGAAAGAGAAGCCGGUUCUGAGCAUGCGAACUCCUGAUACAGCGAAGAAAACCAAGGGUCAGACCCCCUCUGGGUCUUCGCCAGGACCCAGGCCGGGGGAGGGGACCCCCACCGGCAGAGUGCAGGACCCCAGCAGCCCCUCCGCCACCCCCCCACAGGCAAAACAGUCUCAGGCCCCCCCAGCGGCCAAGGACACCCCCGCGGCCGCUCUUGGUGCCAGAGGCUCCCCAGCAGGGCCUCCCAAGGAGAAGCCCCUGCAGCCCAGCGGUCAGAACGCCAAGGCCCAGCCGUCCCGGAGGGUCACCCUGAACACCCUGCAGGCCUGGAGCAAGCCCACACCCCGGAGAAUAAACUUAAUACCCUUAAAGACAGAUUCUCCACUGAACUCCAUAUCAACCCCUAUAACUUCCAGCCCUUCCACAGAGGAAAUUCAAUCAGCCUCAGAGACGCCUGCAGACCCUCAGGUCAGCCCCCCGGAGCUGAAGCGGCCCCGACUCAGUGAGCAUGGAGAAGGACCUCGAGUCAUGGACCCUCAAUGAGACCUGUCCUGUGCCUGAAGGCGGCUAGCUCUGGGGCCCCCGGGUGCCAGGGAGAGACGGGCCUGAAGGCAGCUGAGAGCAGCGCCGUCCGUCGGAAAUGGAUUUCUGUAACGGAAGAUACACAUGGACUGGUCUUCUCCAGAGAUAUGUUGCCUCUUGUAUUUAGGAUACGUUUUUCCCUCGGAGAUGUGAACAUCUUACUAGAUUAUAUUCUCUUUUUCUUGAGUUUCUGAGAUGGGAGCCCUGUAUCAUCCGUGGGGUCGCAAAGACUUGGAUACGACGGACCGCCUUUCACUUUCAAUGUUAGCUGAUGUGAAAACGAGCGACUCCUGCCUUGGAAUAUUUGUAUGAAAACGCAGACACUUGACGGUGGCCUCUCCUACAGCCGGAAUUAGCGGAGACAGUACUUUGAGGUUUAUUCCACUGGGUUUUAGUGUGUUGGAUUAUUUGAUCAACUUAGCUUCUAAAUAGUUGAUUAACUUUUGGAAGUUUGUUAUGUUUGCUUUCAGAUUUUAAAGGUAAUAAUGCUCUUUUUAGAAAGAUAGUAAACUAGAGUGAAUUAGGGGGAAAAAACAGGGUUGGAGGUGGAAAUCAUCCAUCUCACCACCAGAAGGAAACCCUUGCUACUGUUUCAGCAUAUUUCCUUUUUAAAAUCUUUUUUUUUUUUUCUGUUAUUUUUGGGAAGAGGAAGGGUUGCGAUUUUACUUUAUAUGCAGUUUGGUUAACACAUAGGUUACCUUCUUGAUUUUUCAAAGCAAAAGAAGUACCUAUCCUCGGUGGCCUGUGCUUCUGCUCACUCAGCACCUGGGCUGCUGGUGUGGUCCUUUUCCUCCUGGGGGUAAGUGGGCCUUGCGGGCUGAGAUGUGUGAUGUGCCGUCCCUGCAGCGGGCAUCACACAUUUGGAGGCUCCUCUUAGCACAAGAGACGCUGGCUACGUAACUGAGAGGUGGCGACGGGCACGGCCCCAGGCGCCAGUGCGGCUGCCUCAUGCUGAGCGGAGCUAACAGCUGCUUCCACGACGCCUGAUGCCGGCACCCCGGCAUAAUGAAGCCCCCGGGUGAGGCUGCACCAGCGCCCCCUGCCCUGUCUGAGCCAGACCAGAGGGCGAGUUCAGGACCCGUACAUCCCGCCUCUGGCAGGGAGCCCCUGAGGGUGGGAGAACGACCCUCCUCAGCUCAGGCCAGCAGCAAGCAAGAGAGUUGGAAAGAAUUUAGUUCUUUGUUGCCUCAUCCACAGCCUGUGCACGUGUGUGCACUCAGUUGUGCCCGACUCUCUGCAACCCCAUGGACUGUAGCCCCCGACAGCCUCCUCAGGCCAUGGGAUGCUCCAGGCAAGAAUACUGGAGCGGGUUGCGUGUCCUGCUCCAGGGGAUCUUCCCGAACCCGCCUCUCCUGCAUCGUCAGGCAGAUUCUUCACCGCUGAGUCACCUGGGAACCUCCGUCCACAACCCAGUUAUCAGGAAAAAGAGCCCGCCUCCCUCUCCACGGGAAAGAGGCAAAGGGGGUGAUUUACAACGUGGAGAGCUUGCAGGUGAAUCGACGCAGAGUUAUAGUAACACAGGUGUGGGUUUCGUCCAAUACGAAGACGUUUUUAGAGGUCGAAGAGCAGCUGUUUUGACCAGGGUUCCACCUUGAGGUCCCCCAAAGAGCUGUCAGACGUCGAUGGCCGGGUCCUGCGGCCUAAGUCUGGCCUUCUUGGUCUGGGGUGCUAGCUGAACCUCAGGAUUCUUGAAGGCUCCUCUGGCGAUCUGAGGCGCAGCCAGGAUUGAGAAGUCAAGAGAGGGAAGCUUCCCCUGGAGGCAGUCUCUGCCGGUUAAAUGCAUCUGCACAGAAAGCUUUCUCUUGUUUCUCUGGUCCAUCACUGAGGGACAGCAGUGCGUCUGUCCAAACCGAAAGGAUAACAAUGUGUGGGAGAUGCCAUCAGCUCUUCAGAGGAAAAAUGACCUUAAAUUUCCUGCAGCUCGGGACUUCUUGGCGGUCCGAUGGCUAAGACUCCGGUGUGCUUCCAAUGCAGGGGCAGGGCACAGGUUCGACCUCUAUUCAGGGAACUAAGAUCACAUGUGAUAGGCAGCUCAGCCAAAAAAUAAAAAUAUCCUGCAGCUGGA